UAAGCCGCCGCCGCCUCUCUUCAAAAUCCAUUCUCUGCUUCCAGACAAUCUCUCCUGUCCAUUAUAUAUUGACCAUUGCAUUACAUCUUAUUCUUCUUCCUAACAAUACAAAGCUUAUAUAUCUCCUUAAUUUAGCAGUCAUGUUUCAUCAAUCUCCAGCUUCACACGAUCAAAUCUUGUCACUCAACAACAUAUACGAUAUUUGUGAUGAUAAGAGCAAGCAGCGGAAUGGGAGCUUCUUGGAGCUGAUGGCAAGCAUGGGAGGCCCGGCUGCAGCGGCUAUUGUGUCUCGAGAUUCUUCGAAGCAACGGAGAGAUCAUGAUCAUCCGAGUAGUAGUGGUAAUGAGGUUGAUGAAUUCAAGGAGAAGAAGAAGAGUAAAAAGUGCAGAUAUGCUUUUCAGACAAGGAGCCAGGUUGAUAUACUUGAUGAUGGGUACAGAUGGAGAAAAUAUGGACAGAAGUCUGUCAAGAACAAUAAAUUUCCAAGAAGCUAUUAUCGGUGUACAAAUCAAGGGUGCAAUGUGAAGAAGCAAGUUCAGAGGCUAUCGAAAGACGAUGGAGUUGUGGUCACAACUUACGAAGGGAUGCAUUCUCAUCCCCUCGAGAAAUCUACUGAUAACUUUGAAAACAUCUUGACCCAGAUGCAAAUUUACCAUACAACAAAUUAGCUACAUCAUCCAUUUGAAAUUUACACUUUUUCUGUUACACUCUCUUUAGAAGAUACAGCAGAAGAUUGAUUCAAUUUGUUCAAGAAUAUGUAAUAUCCAGUUGAUCGGAA